AUGACCAAACACACUGAAUAUCUUCCUGAGGUCAACGACAACAAACUGGAAGAGGCCACCGCGACUGCCGUCGAGAAUGUGGCUUCGGAAACCAAUUCGGCAGUUCCACGACCUGGAGGGACAGAGCAUGAGUUGACCCUGCGCAAGGUUCUUCGUAACCACCCAGCACUAGUAUGGUGGUCCUUCUACUGGGCUAUGGCCGGUGUGGCAUGGGGCUUUGAUGCACAGAUAAACGGAAGCGUCUUAUCGAUUCCAUCGUUUCGUCUCGCUUUCGGGUACGAGCACAACGGAGAAGUGAUAUUACCAGCUCGAUGGCAAACCGCCUUCAACACGGUCAGUAGCGUUGGGCAAUUCUUCAGUUGCUUCUUAUGCUCAAUGCUGAGUGAUCGCAUCGGGCGCAAGGGAGGACUCCUGGUGGGCCUGGUCUUGUUGACAGGAGGCAUUCUGGGUGAAAUGUUCACGGCUGCACCGGGGGCUUUCGUAGCCGUCAAACUCAUUCUCGGAUUUGGUCUAGGCUUCCUGCUGACCCUGGGCCCUCUCGCAACAUCGGAGAUCACGCCCGUGGUGUUACGCGGUGUGGCCACAGCUGGCGUAAAUCUAGGUAUCGCUAUAGGCCAGCUGAUAUCUAACGGUGUCAUCAAGGGCUUCGGGUCUCGCUCCGACAACUGGGCAUUCCGAGGUCCUUUUGCUGUGCAGCUCUUUUUCGUGGUGUUUUUGCUCGCUGGUCUCCCUUUCGCUCCGGAGACUCCGUGGUACUUGGCUCGCAAAGGCCGGCAACAAGAUGCAGCGCGAUCCCUGCAACGUCUGUACGGGCCCGAUUUUGACGUGCAAGGUCUGCUGGACAAUAUCCAGCAAACCAUCGAGGAGGAGCGGGAGACCUCACCCGAACAUGAGGCAUCAUGGGCGCAAUGUUUCCGUGGCACUGAUCUUAAACGCACCAUGAUCAGUAUAGGUGUCUUUGUAUGCCAGCACUUUGCGGGAAUCAUCUUUGUUCUCGGCUAUUCGACCUACUUCUUUGAACUGGCCGGACUGCCAACUUCCCAGAGUUUCAGCCUAGGUGUCGGUGUGACCGCCUGCGGUGUGCUGGGAAACGUACUCAGUUGGUUUAUCGUCAAUUCAUUGGGCCGACGUAAGAUCUUCCUAUCCGGCAUGGCCUCCUUGUUCUUGAUUCUCAUCCUAAUUGGCGUCAUGGACGUGGUGCCAACUUCUGGGGCGCAUUGGGUCCAAGCGGCGGUUACCGUCAUCUACAGCUUUGUUUACUUUGGGACUAUUGGGGCCAUGGCGUUUACUAUCCUCGGUGAGACCAGCAGUGCUGCUCUUCGUGCUCGAACAACUGGUCUUGCUACUGCCACUCAAGCUGUCAUGGGUAUCAUCAUGAAUUUCGCCUGUCCAUACAUGGUUAAUCCCGACGAAGGCAACCUCAAGGGCAAAGUCGGUUUCGUUUUCGGGGGACUUUGCGCCCUUGCCACUGUCUGGAGCUUCUUUUAUGUUCCCGAGCUUAAGGGGCGGUCUUUGGACGAGAUCGAUCGACUAUUUGCUCUUCGCAUUAAGCCUCGCAAGAUGGGUGCCUAUAAGCUCCAUUAG